GUGAUUAUUUUGUCAAAGCAAAACAAUUAACAGUUAAAGCAGUGAAAGUGAACAUAAUUUUCCGUAUUUUCCAGUUUGGACUUGUCCCAAUCAGAUUACCUUUCACUCUUCAUCACUUUACGUUUUUGCCUGUGGAACAUAUCUCCAACGUUUCAAAUGAUCUCGUCUGAGAAACGAGCCUUGUACGGCCGGUAGGAGCUAAAUCUGGUUGAAAUUUUUGUUUGAUGAUGAAACCAUGCAUCCAUCAGUCAUGACUGGAAGUUACAGAGAGCACACUUAAGUGUUCUCUUCGGGUGGAACCAAAGUAAUAACAAAUGCCAGUAUAGUAGUGUUUUCAUAAGAAUCAUUCAGAACAUUCAAAAUGUCACUGUUGCGCUUGUCCGCAUGCUAAUUUCUAAAAUGAUGACAAACUAUUUAAGUUGCAUGUAAGGCAGGUUUCAAAUUUCUUGUUAGGCAUAUUUACAGAUAAUGAUAACUGCAAUAUAGUAAUUCCUUGCGGUUCAACAUUUGUUAAUUUAUUUUUUUUGGGGGGGGGGGGGGGCUACCGCAUUAAUUGUUGAAAUACUCACCUAUUUGCUGUUUUGUGUGCUCUAUGGUGGCAAUAUAGUGAAGUUUAUGUUGACGUUUUCAACCAUUUUUGGGUAUUUAUUGGCAAUAAUAAAACCUUAUAGGGGAGUGUCAAUUACUGGUGGGUUUUCACAGCAAUGUUUAGUGCUUAUCCCCGGGAAUGGUUCACUGUAAUUGGGGAGGGGGGUUUGGAACCAGCAUCUAUAAGGGACUUUUUUUCUUUGCUGGGUCGACAAAACUUAAGCGUUUUAAAAUAUAAAGUGUGCUCCCAAUGUACUUCGCGAAAACAGAGAGCUCUUGAAUUAUUUCGUUUCAUGUGAGCGGUAACAGCAGCAGCAGGUGUCACUUUGGUUUUCUCGUGUUGACUUAGCUACCUCUGAGAGCAGGCGAGGAUGUGCGCCGCCAUGGCACUCUUGACAGUCGCGGCCGCGAGGAGGAACGCUGGCGUGCAGAUGGCGGCGGCGGCGGCGCAACUCCUUCUCUUUUUCAUGGCUUAAACCGACACCAAAGGCAGCCGAGGGACCGGGGCUCGUCUGCGAGAACGUGCCGGGGAAGAGUCGGUACUUGGCACAAGUAGCAGAAACAAUUAGCGUCAUGAUAGCAGAGCCCCGAAGCAGCAGCAGCAGCAGCAGAGGUGGGGGAGGAACAAAGAUGGCGGCAUAACACAGCUUCCCAAUUUCACUGAAGGAACCUUUCCUAUUCCUUUGCUUCUUGUCAGAGCCCAAACUUUGUUUUUUCUUUCUUUCUGCGCAGACAAUUCAAGUCAUGACUCAUUUCACUGAUGUGUUCCUGUUUGUGUAUUUCAAAUGAGGAAGCGGCGUGUCCUUGGAGAAACCUCCCAUCCCAUCCCACAAUCCAUCGCUUCCCCUUCGUCUGUCUGCAAGAUGGAAGCUGCCUCAUCCGAAACAAUCUUUUUUUUUUUUUUGUACUAAACACUGCUCAUUAUAUUGUACCUCCUUUGAAGCCAUGUUAAAAGGGAAACCUCCACGUGGAGUCAGUCAACAUAAGUUUGGCACUUUUAACUGUAGGACUGAAAAAUCACCGCAGUGGACGUCACUGUCAAAGGUCACACAAAGACAUGUCGAACAGUGAACAUUGGAGUCAAACAAAAACUUGAAUUUGUCCUUUGGCAAGACAACAUGGCAGUAGACAUCCAGUUUCUAUUAUGCCUCGCACUAUCUGUGCUUCUCACAGGCGUGGGAAUGGGAAGCUCUGCGUUGCUCGGAAAGAGUCACAGCAAAGGAAAGGACGACCCGGUGCUGCAGUAUGUCGUCAAUAACUCCCUGAGGGAGCAUCCCGUCCUGACUAAACUCAAAAUGAGAACUCUCGAUGACCCAUGGAGCAAAAUGAUGGUUUCCAGUGAACAAGCUCAGUUGAUGGCCAAUCUCAUAAAACUGAUCAAUGCCACCAAGGCUAUUGAAAUUGGGAUGUACACGGGGUACAACGCACUCAGUAUGGCUUUGGCCAUGCCAGAGAAUGGACACGUGGUGGCAUGUGAAAUAAAGGAGGGCUAUGUAGAUAUCGCCAAGCCCUUUUUUAAUGAGGCCGGAGUUCAGAACAAGAUCGACAUACGACUACAGAUGGCAAUGACAACACUUGAUGAAAUGAUAGCAGCUGGUGAAUCAGGGACCGUUGACUUUGUGUUCAUCGACGCCGACAAAUCCAGCUACGACGGAUACUACGAAAAAUCCCUGGAGCUCAUUCGAAAAGGGGGCAUCGUUGCCAUCGACAACGUGCUGUGGGGGGGAGGGGUUGUGGAUCCCGCCCCUGAUGAUAUCACCUCCAGGACUCUGGACGCGUUCAACAAGAAGCUCCAUAAGGACGAGAGGAUUGAUCUGAGCAUGCUCGUCGUGGGGGACGGGUUGACUAUUGCCAUUAAACGUUAAAAGGUGUUA